GGCAAUUUGGGGGAAUUUGAGAGCUCUCUCUCAUUCUAGGGUUUGGCUUCGAGGGUUUUCUUUUUCUCUUAUUGUUUUGGGUGGGGAGGGCGAAUGGAGGAUGGAGUGCGGAGAUGGUUGGUCGACAUCUCUCAGUGGAAUCCUUCUCAGGAUCAGUUCUCUUUCCUCGUUUCUCGGCUUCCGCCACACGAGCAGGCGGCCGUCACCCGGUUUAUAAGGUUUGAGGACAGGAAACGAGCACUUGUUAGUCGGUUGCUUCAGUACACACUUGUGCAUGAAGUUUUGGGUAUUCCAUUUGGCAAGAUAAUCUUGGACCGUACAAUUGAGGGAAAACCAUAUCUGAAUCUUGAAUGGGACUUUCCAUUUCCAAAUUUCAACUUCAAUGUAUCACAUCAUGGAGACUAUGUUGGUAUAGCAUCUGAAUCAGUUUGCCUUGUCGGUUUAGACAUUUUUUCUCUUGUUGUCCCUCAGCAAGAAACAGCUCUUGAGUUCAUCAAGAACUUCUCAUCAUAUUUUACAGUCUUAGAAUGGAAGAAAAUUGUCAAUGCUGGCAUUUCAGAUGAAAUCUUGGCUGAGUUUUGCAGAUAUUGGUGUCUGAAGGAAGCAUAUGUCAAAGCAACUGGAGCUGGGUUGGGCUUUGGGUUGCACAGAUUGGAAUUUCAUCACACAAAUUGGACCAAUAUAUCUGUCUGCAUUGAUGGGGUGGAAUCAAGAGAAUGGAGAUUUUGUCUGUUUGAACUCGACAAAAAGCAUUGGGCAUCCAUUGCCAAAGGACAUCCAAGGAAGGCUGUUGAGAGUUAUCAGAGAGCAUUAACUAAUGUAGAUAUUGAGGAUGAAAAGUAUUGGAACAGACUGUGUCUCCCAGAUCCAGGCUUCAUUCCACGUGCGGUGGAACAACUACUUCCAUUAUAAAAAAAUGAGAGAACUUUACUGGCAUUGGGCGUAUGCAAAUGCAUAUGAUACCUUGAUUUAAUGUUUACAUUUUUUUUGUUUUUUGUUGUAAGUGUUUGCAGAAUUCAAUAUUAAAUAUGGUACAGAACUUCUGACAGACUGUGGAAGGGAGAAAGAAAUGACAGAAUCUCACAAAAUAGGCGUAUUAGUUCUUGCUAACUCUGCAUGACAAAAAGUUGAGGGCAGUUGGUUGCAUCUAAUGCAUGUAUGUGGUAGGAGGGGCUUCCAGGAUAGAGACGCACCAUGGGAAUUUGUUUUAUGUACUUACUUGCACAUGGCUAGGUUGUUCUACAGCAUGUGGUGUGAUUUAAUUUUUGUUCUCUUUAACUAGAACAUUUACUGACUUCAGAACUAUUUAUAUCAUCUUUUAGUCAGAUCUCCCAGGUACUUUUAAGUAUAAUUAGAUAAUAGUUGUCUGCAACACA